AUAAUUCAUUGUGUAGGGGUUAAAGAUCACCCUUUUUUAUGAGGCAAAGGAUGCUGAUGUGCCCUGGCAGAGCUCUCCUGCCCCGUUCCCUAACGACUGGGCAUUGCCAUGCAUCAAGGUACCAUGUCCCUCCCUGCCGCUCAUGGGGCCACCACCUGGUGGUGACAAAGAUGGUCCAGGUGACCAGCCGGCCCCCAGAGCUGAGGCAAAGCUGGUGCUUUCCCUCUGUAUCUCACAGUAACGAACAUGGUGCUUAGCCUGCCUCGUCCCAGAGCUUCUCUCCUCUAGCAGGGGCCCAGGCCCGCGAUGUGGUGGCUGCUGGUACUGGGUGCUGUCCUGCAGGCGGUGGGGAUGACAAAAUGCCUGAUGGUGAUGGUAUUAGCUGCUGGAGAGCCCUGGGGAGGGACUGCAUUUCCAGCUGAUGCGGUCGCGGUUUCAGUAGCCAGAUUUCCCAGCAAUGGGGAAUGGCCCCCGCAGAUUCCCAAGCCUCCUGCAACUGGGGAGUGGGAGAGGGGGACAGAGCAGGGGCUGGGCUAAACAACAGCCUGUUGGUAAGGCUGCUUGCUCUGUGUGGUCCUAGCUGCUCUGAAUUUCAGACUUUUUGCAGUCUUGGGGUGUUUCCUGCCCCAGAUGUUUGUCCUGCAGCUCAUCUGGGCUGUGAUGGUGCCAGAUCUGCCCACCCUGCUCCUAGCUGAGCCCAGCGCUGCUGCAAGGGCAGCCGCGGUCUCCUCUGCGAGAUGGUUGGAUGCCACUGGAAAAACCUUCCUCAGGACCCUGCCUGCUCUGGUCCUACUCUGGAGCAUGAGGUAGUGGGGUUUUGCAGCCUGGGAGAAGCUGCGAGCAGUUGUCAGGACGGCAGCUGCACCUGUGCUGCAGAGCGGGAGGAAGCCACAGGGCUUAGCAGCAAAUCCGGGGUGGUGCAGCAGUUAAGUCCUGGUCCGCGUUUUGCCCUGGCCUGACAGGGGUAGCUGUGCUUGGUCAGUGACGUGUCAAUCUAGGAUAAAACCUGCUUUGUCUGGGUGAGUUCCUUCUGGUCACUAAGCACCUCUCGUACCUCAUGCAGGAGGGAAUAAAGCUGGCAGAACAGGGUCAGCAUGAGGCUGGGCUUGUACCUGCUCUUGCACCUUGCGCAGCCAGGUACUUUCCUGCACGCCUGGGCUAUCAAAGUGAUGUGCGUGGCUUAUGCACCAGCCGCAUCUUCCGUUUGGUGCCCAAACGUUGCUGUACAAGUGAUCCUGCAACAGAGCUUAGGGGGCCCUGUAGCAUCAUGCCCUUUUCCUGCAGAGAUGCUGAGACACGGAUGAAAUCACACUCCCAGGCUGGUCAGCAGAUGUGGAGGACCUGAACGGUGGGAACCAGUAACAACACUGAUGUACUGCAUAUCCAGUGCUUGCUGCUCCGUGGACUAAUUCCCUUUCUCCAAAAUGCUCCUCCUUGCACGAGGAGCUGAUUUGCUUCUACCUUCAUGGGUUUUUGUUUCACAUGUCUAAUCCAUGGACUUUAUCUGCUCGGGGCUUGGUGACAGGGUGUAUGUGUGGCAUUCCUCACCUAGGACACAUGUGCGGGGUGACUCAUGUUCACCUUGCCACCACCUUGCAGAGUUUGGGGAGUGCUGGUGGGCAACAGCUGGAGCUGUGUCUGCAGUAUGCUCCUACCUGCGCGGGCUCGGGGGCCUGGCUGCAUAAAACACAAGCUGCUGAUAUACUGAAAUGGCAGGGCUUCACAAGGCCAGAAGACAUCAAGGCAAAGCCCCAGCCUUGAAGGGGCUUUGGAGCUGGUCUCAUGCAGCUGCUGCUGCCUGCUGUAGGCUGGCUCUGAUAAGUCUAGUACAGCAGGUUUGCCUGGAUGGGCACAGGUGGGACACAGCCAGGCUUUACCGCAUGUGCAGGGACUGCUGUGUGGCACCUGCAUGCUCCACAACCCCCGGCAGGUGUACAAAAGCCCUUGCUGCCCUCCCGUACUGCAGCAUUCCCUGCAGCCCAGCUGUGCAAGGUGCUGUACGGUCCCAUCAGGUCUAACUGGCACCUCGCUACUUCAUGGCACUGCAGGUACGGACCCUGCUCCUUGUCAUCUGCGUUAUAGCUGCUCUGAUUGCUCCAGUCACUGCCUUUCACUCGUUUUCCCCUCGCUGCUCCCAAGGGAGGCUGUGUCACAGUAAAUUGGGCAAGGUUGCAUGGGUAAUUGCUUUUGUUAGACCAGCUAAUAGAGAAGGCAGAAAAAACAGACGAGCCAUUGGGUGCACCAGCCCUUGUUCAGAGCACUGCAGUGUGGCACAGCAAAGCGAGCGACCAGCUUGCUGCAUCGCACCCUUGGAUGAAGGUGGUGCUUCCUCUUCAGGAUCUGCCUGUCCCAGAGACACGGUGCUGGGAUGUUCUAACGAGGCCGGGCUCUGUCUCAGAGCACCAUUUUCCCUCAAACCGAGAGCACGCAUGGGCCAGUCACGUCAGGAACCACUUGCAAACUUCUUUGGCUUGGGGACGCCUUGGGAGUAAGGCUGGGUGCUGCAGAGGGGUGGGAAAGGGCCAUCCCUGGAUGGUGAUGUGGUGGCAUCAGGGGUGGGGGGCUGAGCCUGCUUGUGGAGGGCGGGAGGUACCCACCGGUUAUGGGACACUGUGAAAUGCCUGCUGACCACCCUGCUGCGAAGGACUGCCAUGGGCUGGAGGGUGCAGAGUCGUGCCGGGGGGGAGGCCAGCCCUUGAUUGUGACUGGGUGUGUAACGUGGUGUCUCUGGGCCCUACGAUGGGUGUUGCAGAGAGGAGGGGCUUUACGCCCGGUGAGUCUGGCAGCCUCUUGCUGUAACGGUCUGCUGUCUUUCCGCACAAGGCACCAGCUGUGCUGCAGCUGUGUCUCGCUGCACUGGCUCCCUUGGGAAAUGCCUUCUGGCAGGCGACUUCAGCAGCCACCCUGCAUGUUUGCCCGUGGCUGCUGAUUCUGAGGCGGCCGUGGCAGAGGCAGCACUCUCAGCACCGUUGGCAGCUCCCAGCCUGUGCCGUGGGGCAGUCAUUCUUGUCACAGCGAUGGAGCUGCAUGGGGAAGGGAGCAGCAACUUUCCUUAUAUUGCUUCUGUGAUGAGACAGCUGCAGGGGGGGCUCUGGUAUGUCCUGUCUUUCAUUCUCCCUGGUGGCAGCAGGGCCAGCUGGCCCCCAGCCUGCUGCUACCACAGGGCAUCCUUGGUGUGGUGCGACUCAGGCUCCCAGCCUCCUGCGCUCCUGGUGGCAAAGGGCCCGAGGCAAAAGGUCGGAGUGUAAGACCUCAGGGAAACCUCUCUGCUCCCCCCAUCAGAGAGGAGAGAUGGUCAGUGAUGCCUCCCCGCUGUACCCCAGUACCCGGGGCACAGGGUAGUGGGGCAGGCUGUACGUGCAUCGGUGCACCUGGAGGAAAUGGCCUAGCCUAGGGUGAAGGUGGGCCGUGGGUCGCGAUGCUUAGCUCUCGCCCCGCUGCUCCGAGCCCCCUCCCAGAAGCCCAGCUGCAGCAAAGCGAGCAACGCGCGGAGCUGGAGUCCCUGAGCCCCCUGUGUCAUUUGCAUACACCUCACCGGCGCCAGCGGCACAGCAACCUGGGUUCGCGUAGCACUGCAGACCCUCUCCGAAACAGCCUCCCUUCCUUUGCUUCCUGCUAUGGUCCUGGGCUUCAUGGUCCUGCUCCUGGUGGGGACGGUGGGGACAGCUUCCAGGGCUCAGCCCGUGCUGACCCAGCCAUCCUCCAUCUUGGUGAUGCCUGGGCAGACCGCUCGGCUGUCCUGCACCCUGAGCCCCCAGUACAAUAUCAGUGAGUUCGGCAUCUCCUGGUACCAGCAGCGCCCGGGGCACUCCCUGCGGUAUCUGCUCUAUUAUAACUCUGAGCGAGACAAGCACAAGCCCGCCAAGAUUCCCGACCGCUUCUCUGCUACCAAAGACCUUGCCAGCAAUGCCUGCAUCCUCAUCAUCGCAUCUGCCUGCCAUGAAGACAAUGGCAACUAUUACUGCGCCCUGUCACAUGCCUUCAACUGGUUUUAGAAAUGGGGAACAAAAGCUUUCUGCAUUUUCCCUUGCAACCCUGAUGCAAAGCCCUAAACAGGGAGAAUGGCAGCCCAAGGAGGAAUGGAAAAAGACCCUCUUAUGUGCUUGAGCAAGCCCAGCAGCACGGCAUUGUGCCGUGAGGUGCAGCAACCUCCCCUUCAACCCCAAACGUCCCCCAUGGAGCAUUAGACAGCCUGACGCAGUGCAAGACCUGCCAGGGCUCGGCCCAGGAACACACAGGAGCAGGGAUGCGGUGGGAGGAUGGAGACCUCUGCCAUGGCCGGGCUCUCCUGGGCUCUUCCAGCACUCGGCACAGCGCGGGCUCGGUCCCGGCUUGGGCUUCUGUGCAGUUUGGCUCGCCUGAUAAUAAAGGUUAAUCCUUA